AUGGCUACGAACGCGACGAGCUUCACGUCGCCUCUGGCCGACAAGUUCCCCGCCGUCAACCUGCCUCCCCAGUUCGACUAUGUCGUCGACAAGGUCGCCAACGCCGGCAUCCUCACCUGGGUCGUCACCCUGCUGGCUCUUGCUGUCGCAUACGAUCAGAUCAGCUACUGGACGCAAAAAGGGUCGAUUGUCGGCCCUGCUUUCAAGGAGCCCUUCAUUGGACCCUUCCUCCAGUCCGUGAACCCCAAAUUCGAGGAGUACUACGCCAAAUGGAAGAGCGGCCCUCUUAGCUGCGUCUCUGUCUUCCACAAAUUCGUUGUCAUUGCAUCCACUCGCGACCUGUCCCGCAAGGUCUUCAACUCGCCCGCCUUCGUGAAGCCAUGCGUUGUUGAUGUCGCCACUAAGAUCCUCGGAGAGAAGAGCUGGGUCUUCCUGGACGGGAAGGAGCACGUCGACUUCCGCAAGGGCCUCAACGGACUCUUCACCCGCAGGGCUCUGGAAUGCUACCUGCCCCGUCAGGAAGAGGUCUACAACACCGAGUUCAAGAAGUAUGUUCAGGUCACCAAGGAAGCCGGAGGCAAGCCAGUCCCCUUCAUGACUCACUUCCGUGACCUCAUGACCGACGUCUCGUGCCGUACCUUCGUCGGCUACUACAUCUCCCAGGAGGCCAUCAAGAAGAUCUCGGACGACUACUUCCUCGUUACGGCUGCUCUCGAGCUCGUCAAUUUCCCCCUGAUCAUCCCCUACACCAAGACCUGGUACGGCAAGAAGGCUGCUGCUAUGGUCAUGGACGAGUUCGCCAAGUGCGCCGCCAAGGCCAAGGUUCGCAUGGCCGCUGGUGGUGAGGUUUCCUGUAUCAUGGACGCCUGGGUCAAGGAUAUGAUUGCCUCCAAGAAGUGGCGUGAGGCGACCGAGAAGGGACUGUCGACCGAGGGACUUGAGAAGCCUCAGCCCCUGAUCCGCGAGUUCACCGACUUCGAGAUCUCCCAGACCAUCUUUACCUUCCUGUUCGCUUCCCAGGACGCCACCAGCAGCGCUGUCACCAACAUGUUCCAGAUCAUGGCUCAGCGCCCCGAGAUCCUGGACCGCGUCCGUGAGGAGAACCUGAAGACCCGCAAGGGCGACAUCCACGCGGCCGUCACUCUGGACGAGCUCGAGUCCAUGACCUACACCCGCGCCGUCGUUCGUGAGCUCCUGAGAUACCGCCCUCCCGUCCUGAUGGUGCCCUACAAGGUCAAGAAGGCCUUCCCCAUCACCGAGGACUACACCGUGCCCAAGGGUGCCAUGGUCAUCCCUACCACCUACAUGGCUCUCCGCGACCCUGAUGUGUACGAGAACCCCGACGAGUUCGACCCUGAGCGCUACUACAGCGGCGAUGCUGAGGAGAAGGGCGCCAAGAACUACUUGGUCUUCGGCACUGGCCCUCACUACUGUCUCGGCCAGCACUACGCCCAGCUCAACUUGGCCCUCUGCCUCGGCAAGGCCUCGUUGCUGCUUGACUGGAAGCACCACGCCACGCCCCUUUCCGAGAACAUCAAGGUGUUUGCUACCAUCUUCCCUGAGGACGACUGCCCGUUGACCAUGGAGGAGCGAAAGUGGUAA